AUGUUCCAUGAUCUAGUGAAGACCUUUGAUUUUACCACUGGCGCCUUCGGCUACGCACAUAACCCCUACUGCGGAUUCCGGCCUUCCGGUUCCGAUUAUGAUUUCACCGAGCUGGACGCUAGCCCACAGGCUUGGCGUUCCGUUUUUUGCACCGAACGUCCGCACGCACUUGCCGUUGUAAUCAGCGGCACGGCUACCUCAGCCAUGCGUUCCCUCGGGCAUAUGAUGGUCUACGUGUACUGGUGUCUGCGUUUCCACUGCUCCUGCUUUGCGUUUUCAAUUUGCCCUUAA